AGGGCUUGUUUGGAAGAGUCGACAGCGAGGGGAUGGAUAUAUGGAGCAGAAACUUCCAGCUGGUUUGAAAACAGCAAUCAGAAAUCUAAAAUGUAGUUCUUAGUGCCAAGGCUCUCCCUGUGAUGAGUGUGUGUGUGGCGGUGGGCAGUCUGAGAGUGCAGUAGUUGAUAUGGCGCUGCGAGUGCAUAAAUGCUGUUUAUUGCUAGGCACCGUGCUGCACUGCCCCGUCUACCUGCGUCCAUCAGCCAACCAGACACGCUGCAGGCCAUGGAAAACUCCUCCUCCUCCUCCUGGGACAACAGCUCGGCCUUGUUCAGGAUGCUGUUGAUGACGGUGGCCCCUGAAGGACAGGCACAGGACAGUGCGCAGGGCCUUAGUCUCCCCCUGCAGGUGUUCUUCGGCCUGGCCAUGGUCUGUAUGCUGCUGUUGGCCUUCCUGGGGAACGUGGUGGUGUGCGUGAUGGUGUAUCGGCGUGCGGCCAUGCGCUCAGCCAUCAACAUCCUACUAGCCAGUCUCGCCUUCGCAGAUAUGAUGCUGGCACUGCUCAAUAUGCCCUUUGCUCUGGUCACUACGGUCACUGCGCGCUGGGUUUUCGGGGACGUGUUCUGUCGAGUGUCAGCCAUGUUCUUUUGGCUCUUCCUCCUGGAAGGCAUGGCCAUUCUGCUGAUCAUCAGUGUGGACCGUUUCCUGAUCAUUGUGCAGCGGCAGGACAGGCUGAGUCCCCGCAGAGCCAAGGUCUUGAUCGUGGUGUCCUGGACUCUGUGUUUCUGCCUGGUCUUCCCUCUGUCACUGGGCUACCCAGCCCUGCCGGUGCCCCCGCGUGGCCCCCAGUGUGUGUUUGGGUACACAGCGGAGCGGAGCUCCAGCACCUAUGUGCUGCUGGUCGUGCUGCUGUUCUUCUUCCUCCCGUUCUUAGUGAUGCUCUACACGUCCUUGGGUAUCCUGAAUACCCUCAGACACAACACUCUGCGGGUCGGCGCCCGCUCCGACGCCCUCGGCCUGGGGCAGACAGGUAAGGCGGACCUCGCCAGCCUCAGCCGGUCCUUUCACAUCAACAUCGACAUGAGCUUCAAAACGCGUGCCUUCGCCACCAUCCUCAUCCUCUUCUGUGUCGUCACUGUGUGCUGGACACCGUUUGCCACCUACAGUCUGUUGGCUACGUUCAGCAGCUCCUUCUACAGCAGUCAGAGCUUCUUGGAGAUCAGCACGUGGUUGGUGUGGCUGUGCUACCUCAAACCUGCCCUCACGCCACUCAUCUACUACUGGCGUAUCAAGAAGUUCCGGGAUGCCUGUCUUGGCCUCGUGCCAAAGCACUGCAAGCUCUUCCCCCAUCUGCCUGGCCACACCAGGAGGCGGAGCCGACGCAGCAUGGUCUACGCGUGUGGAGAGCACCGCUCUGUGGUCUAGAACCGCUCUCCACUCUCAGACUUUAUUCACUUUAAGAUGGUAAAAUCAGAACGAGCGGCCAUGUUUACUUCUUAUACUGUUUUGCUAUGUGAUUAGUUUAUUGAGCAUUUUUAUUAUCUUGUGAUCUCACAGUGAACCUGAUUAAUUUUGCUAUGAAUUCUAGACUGUGCUCUUAGUCAUACCAAAUGCUGCUUUACCUGGUGAAAAUGUGCAAUUUUGGUUUGCUGGUCCUUUAUUUUGAAUUAAAAACAUGUGUGAAAUUGUUCAAUCUGGAGUGUCUCUCUAUAUGAACUUCAGAUUAGUUUUUUAGGCUUUGACAGUUCACAACCAGUUUGUCAAUACUUUGGAGUUGAGGUUGGUGCAUAUGUGGCUGUUCCCCUGUGCAGCUUUUCCUGUUGCCCCCCAACUCCCUGUGCUUGAGGCUGCAGUCUCUGUCCUGGGAUGUCUGAAGUGUUAUUUCUUUAGACUCACACAAAACAAAACAGGAUUUUGGGCUCGUUUUUUUAUUUAGUUUUGGAGUAACCUGUAAACAGGACAUCCCUGUGCAUUAUAGAGCUGGCAGAGCAGGUGAGGGUUAACACGCCUGACUCCUUCACCCCUCCUACCAAGCUUAAAAGUAGAGACUCUGGGUCUGACACUCACUGGAAACACACUAUGCCUUAGCAACAGCAACCAGAUAGAUACACAGGAGGGUUGAGCUCCUUUAGAUCUUUCUUGUA